UUACAUACAUACACAUAUGGUGAGGGAGAGAACGUGAUGACGUGAGACUCUCCUUGGAGAGUAGGAUGUAAUAAAGAAAUAAAACAGGUGUCUGAGGAGACGUUCUAUUAGAGAGGGGAGAAUAGAGAGUAAUUAUCGUUCAGACAGGCAAGAGUUCUCUGCAGGUAGCAGCCUGGGAAAGCGAACUCCCUCUUGGGGGACGGGCUCUUUUGCUUUCUAUUUCUUCUCCUGCAGCCAGGGUGCACGCGUAUUUGAAACAGAACGAAUUUCCUCCUCGAUGUGGGGUCGGGUUGACUUUUCGAGACUAGGGGAUAUUUUUUUUUUAAUGACUCCAAUGUCUUUUGUUAUUGCUGUUAUUGAGGUUGAGGGAGAAGAGAUCGGUCUAAAUUCCGGCUGGGUAAGUGGGGGGAUUCUCGGCGAUGAGAAAGGGGGGACUUAGAAGCCGGAGGAAAAUCAGCAGCCCCCUCAUCUCCACUUCUCCAGUCCCCCCACUCUUCACCCGUGACCUCCCGCGGAGACCCCAGGAGGCAGCAUCAAUAUUUGAUCGACCCUUCGUCAGCACGCUGCCAGCCCUGGCCGGCUGGGCUCGCCAGGCAUUGCCCGCUCGGCGCUGAGGCAGACGCCCGGCCCUGCACCGGGAUUUGGAAGACCCUCUCUGCGCUCGCCCCCUCCCCAGGCUGGCUCUGCUUCUGAGCCUGGGCGCGGUGCCCACCAUGCGCGGCUGCCCGCGGCUCGCGCUGCUCUGCGCGCUGCCCUGGCUCCUGCUGGCGGCGUCGCCCGGGCACCCGGCGAAAUCCCCCGGGCAGCCCCCGGCACCGCGCCGCGACCCCCUCGACCCUGCCAGGGGCGCCGAUUUCGAUCAUGUCUACAGCGGGGUGGUGAACCUCAGCACCGAGAACAUCUACUCUUUCAACUACACUAGCCAGCCCGGCCAGGUGACCGCCGUGAGGGUGUAUGUGAACAGUUCCUCUGAGAAUCUCAACUACCCGGUCCUUGUUGUAGUUCGUCAGCAGAAAGAGGUGCUGUCCUGGCAGGUUCCUCUGCUCUUCCAAGGACUAUACCAGAGGAGCUACAACUACCAAGAAGUGAGCCGCACCUUAUGUCCCUCAGAAGCAACCAACGAGACAGGCCCCUUGGAGCAAUUGAUAUUUGUAGAUGUAGCAUCCAUGGCACCCCUGGGUGCCCAGUACAAACUGCUAGUUACCAAGCUCAAGCACUUCCAGCUCCGGACAAAUGUUGCCUUUCACUUUGCUGCCAGCCCCUCUCAACCUCAGUAUUUUCUAUACAAGUUUCCCAAAGACGUGGACUCAGUUGUCAUUAAAGUGGUGUCUGAAAUGGCUUAUCCAUGUUCUGUUGUCUCAGUCCAGAAUAUCAUGUGCCCGGUGUAUGAUCUUGACCACGAUGUGGAAUUUAAUGGUGUCUAUCAGUCCAUGACCAAGAAAGCUGCCAUCACACUACAGAAGAAGGAUUUUCCAGGUGAGCAGUUCUUCGUGGUAUUUGUGGUAAAGCCUGAAGAUUAUGCCUGUGGAGGAUCUUUCUUCAUCCAGGAAAAGGAAAACCAGACCUGGAAUCUACAGCGAAAAAAGAAUCUCGAAGUGACCAUUGUUCCUUCCAUUAAAGAGGACGACCUGACCAAAGUUGUUUCUCUCCCUUCAGAAUCUGUUUAUGUGAAAUCCAGUCUUUUCAGUGUCUUCAUCUUCCUGUCCUUCUACUUGGGAUGCCUGCUUGUUGUGUUUGUUCAUUAUCUGAGGUUUCACAGAAAAUCCACUGAUGGAAGCUUUGGGUCCAAUGAUGGCUCUGGAAAUAUGGUGGCAUCUCAUCCCAUUGCUGCCAGCACACCCGAAGGGAGCAAUUAUGGAACAAUAGAUGAGUCAAGCUCCAGUCCUGGAAGGCAGAUGUCCUCCCCCGAUGUUGGGCCACCAGGCCAGUCAGACACAGACAGCUCCGUGGAGGAGAGCGACUUUGACACCAUGCCAGACAUUGAGAGUGAUAAAAACAUCAUCCGGACCAAGAUGUUCCUUUACCUGUCCGAUUUGUCCAGGAAGGACCGGAGAAUUGUCAGCAAAAAAUAUAAAAUUUAUUUUUGGAACAUCAUCACCAUCGCUGUGUUUUACGCACUGCCCGUGAUCCAGCUGGUCAUUACCUACCAGACAGUGGUAAAUGUCACUGGCAACCAGGACAUCUGUUACUACAACUUCCUCUGUGCUCACCCCUUGGGCGUCCUGAGUGCCUUCAACAACAUUCUCAGCAAUCUGGGCCACGUGCUUCUGGGCUUCCUCUUCCUGCUGAUAGUCUUGUGCCGGGACAUCCUCCAUCGGAGAGCCCUAGAAGCCAAGGACCUCUUUGCUAUGGAGUACGGGAUUCCCAAACACUUUGGUCUCUUCUAUGCUAUGGGCAUUGCAUUGAUGAUGGAAGGGGUGCUCAGUGCUUGCUACCAUGUCUGCCCUAAUUAUUCCAACUUCCAAUUCGACACCUCCUUCAUGUACAUGAUAGCUGGUCUGUGCAUGCUGAAGCUCUAUCAGACCCGCCACCCAGACAUCAAUGCCAGCGCCUACUCUGCCUACGCCUCCUUCGCUGUGGUCAUCAUGGUCACCGUCCUUGGAGUGGUAUUUGGAAAAAAUGAUGUGUGGUUCUGGGUCAUCUUCUCUGCAAUCCACGUUCUGGCCUCACUAGCCCUCAGCACCCAGAUAUAUUAUAUGGGCCGUUUCAAGAUAGAUUUGGGAAUUUUCCGGCGGGCUGCCAUGGUGUUCUACACAGACUGUAUCCAGCAGUGUAGCCGGCCUCUGUAUAUGGAUAGAAUGGUGUUGCUGGUUGUGGGGAAUCUGGUUAACUGGUCCUUCGCCCUCUUCGGAUUGAUACACCGCCCCAGGGACUUUGCUUCCUACAUGCUGGGCAUCUUCAUUUGUAACCUUUUGCUGUACCUGGCCUUUUACAUCAUCAUGAAGCUCCGCAGCUCUGAGAAGGUGCUCCCAGUCCCGCUCUUCUGCAUCGUGGCCACCGCUGUGAUGUGGGCUGCCGCCCUGUAUUUUUUCUUCCAGAAUCUCAGCAGCUGGGAGGGAACUCCGGCCGAAUCCCGGGAGAAGAACCGCGAGUGCAUUCUGCUGGAUUUCUUCGAUGACCAUGACAUCUGGCACUUCCUCUCUGCUGCUGCUCUGUUUUUCUCAUUCUUGGUUUUGUUAACUUUGGAUGAUGACCUUGAUGUGGUUCGGAGAGACCAGAUUCCUGUCUUCUGAACCUCCAACAUUAAGAGGAGGGGAGGGAGCGAUCAAUCUUGGUGCUGUUUCAUGAAAAUUACAGUGACCGCAGC